AUGUGUGCAGAUGCAGAAGCACUUCUAAUAUCUCGGAAAAUACGGCUGCUGCUGGUGGGCGUGUGCCUGGUGACGUGGGCGGCGUGUGUGCAAGCAAGGGCGCAGGGAUACCGGUAUUCGUCGCCUGAGGAUGACCGGUCAGACAGCGACGAGGACUAUGACCAACCGAGUUAUGCCUUCAGAUACGACGUUGAAGACAGUUACUCCGGCAAUUUCUUCGGCCACUACGAGACCCGCGAAGGAGACGAGACCGACGGAGUCUACUACGUCGUCCUCCCCGACGGCCGCAGACAGAAGGUCGUUUACGAAGUCGAGGGCGACUCUGGAUUCCUCUCGCAGGUGACUUACGAAGGCGACGCGGGAACCUACUUCAGCACCUUCAACCACGGGCACAGAGGGCUCGGCGGAGGAAGAGGAGUUGGAGGAGGACUCGGCGGAGGAAGAGGAGUUGGAGGAGGACUCGGCGGAGGAAGAGGAGUUGGAGGAGGACUCGGCGGAGGAAGAGGAGUUGGAGGAGGACUCGGCGGAGGAAGAGGAGUUGGAGGAGGAGGAGCGGUUUCCUUUGGAGGAGGAGGAGCGGGUUCCUUUGGAGGAGGAGGAGGUGGAGGAGGAGGAGGGGGUUUCACUUCCUCAGGAGGGGUUCACGUAGGAGGUGGUUUUGAGCGCGAAGGUGGAGAAGGAGAGGAACAAGAGGGUGGAGAAGGUGGAGAAGGUGGAGAAGGCGCCGGACAAGCAGGUGUUGGAAGCCAAACGGGACCUGCGGUUGGAAGUGGAGCGAGUGUUGCGGUUCAUCAUGUUGGAGGUGGAGUAGGCGCAGGUGGAGCCGGAUUUGCCACUGGAGGUGCAGGUGGAGCUGGAUUUGCUACUGGAGGUGGAGUAGGCGCAGGUGGAGCCGGAUUUGCCACUGGAGGUGCAGGUGGAGCUGGAUUUGCUACUGGAGGUGGAGUAGGCGCAGGUGGAGCCGGAUUUGCCACUGGAGGCGCAGGUGGAGCCGGAUUUGCCACUGGAGGUGGAGUAGGCGCAGGUGGAGCCGGAUUUGCUACUGGAGGCGCAGGUGGAGCCGGAUUUGCCACUGGAGGUGCAGGUGGAGCUGGAUUUGCUACUGGAGGUGGAGUAGGCGCAGGUGGAGCUGGAUUUGCUACUGGAGGUGGAGUAGGCGCAGGUGGAGCCGGAUUUGCCACUGGAGGUGGAGCAGGCGCAGGUGGAGCCGGAUUUGCCACUGGAGGUGGAGUAGGCGCAGGUGGAGCCGGAUUUGCUACUGGAGGUGGAGUAGGUGCAGGUGGAGCCGGAUUUGCCACUGGAGGUGGAGUAGGUGCAGGUGGAGCCGGAUUUGCCACUGGAGGUGCAGGUGGAGCCGGAUUUGCUACUGGAGGUGGAGUAGGCGCAGGUGGAGCCGGAUUUGCUACUGGAGGUGGAGUAGGCGCAGGUGGAGCCGGAUUUGCCACUGGAGGUGGAGUAGGCGCAGGUGGAGCCGGAUUUGCCACUGGAGGUGGAGUAGGCGCAGGUGGAGCCGGAUUUGCCACUGGAGGUGGAGUAGGCGCAGGUGGAGCCGGAUUUGCCACUGGAGGUGGAGUAGGCGCAGGUGGAGCCGGAUUUGCCACUGGAGGUGCAGGUGGAGCUGGAUUUGCUACUGGAGGUGGAGUAGGCGCAGGUGGAGCCGGAUUUGCCACUGGAGGUGGAGUAGGCGCAGGUGGAGCCGGAUUUGCCACUGGAGGUGCAGGUGGAGCCGGAUUUGCUACUGGAGGUGGAUUUGGUGGAGUAGGCGCAGGUGGGGCCGGAUUUGCCACUGGAGGUGGAGUUGGUGGAGUUGGCGCAGGUGGAGCCGGAUUUGCUGCUCAUACAGCAGGUGGAGCUGGAUUUGCCACUGGAGGUGGAGUUGGUGGAGUUGGCGCAGGUGGAGCCGGAUUUGCUACUGGAAGUGGAGUAGGCGCAGGUGGAGCUGGCUUUGCUACAGGAGGUGGAGUAGGUGGAGUUGGAGCAGGUGGAGCCGGAUUUGCUACUGGAGGUGGAGUAGGUGGAGCUGGCUUUGCUACUGGAGGUGGAGUAGGUGCAGGGGGAGCCGGAUUUGCUACUGGAGGUGGAGUAGGUGCAGGUGGAGCUGGAUUUGCUACUGGAGGUGGAGUAGGUGCAGGUGGAGCUGGAUUUGCUGCUCAAACUGCAGUUGGAGGAGCCGGUUUUGCUGCUGGAGGCGGAGUAGGUGGAGGGGUAGGUGUUCAACAGAUUGGAGGUGGUGCCGGAGGAACAAGUGUGACCGUACAUCACACUGGACCAGGUGGCGUUACACUUACUGGUCAUCAAGCCGGGGGAGGUGGAGCAGUGGUUCACCAGACAGGAGGUGGUGGUGGCUUUGGCGUUCAAACUGGAGGUGGAGCAGGCAUAGGUGGUGCCGGGGUAACUGUUCACCAGUCUGGAGGUGGAGCUGGCUUUGGCGUUCAAACUGGAGGUGGAGUAGGUGGUGCUGGAGUUACAGUUCAUCAUACUGGAGGUGGUGCUGGGUUUGGCACUCAGACAGGAGGCGGAGGUGCCUUUGCUGCUCAGCAAACAGGAGGAGCCUCUCUGUCCUUUGGUAGUGGCAGCACUGGUGGCAUUUCUGUUCAUCAUUCUGGUUCCCCGUCGAGCAUUGGAGUCACCCCUGGCCCUGUGGCGAGUGCCUUGGUCUCUGGUCCUACCUUUGGCACAGGUAACCAGGUAUCAGUAGGUCAGACAGGUGCAGUUGGUGUUGCUACAGGUUUUGCAGGUGCCCAGGGAACCGCAGGUUUUGGUGGAAGUGCUCAGGGAGGAGGCUUUGGCGGUGCCCAAGCUGGUCUUGUAGGUGCCCAAGGAGGGGUAGGGGUUGGAGGCUUUGCUGGUGGUGCCCAUGGAGGAAUCGGAUUUGGGGGUGGACGAGAGGCAGGAGUUGGAGUGACACAGGUCAGUAUUGGAGAUGGCCAAGGAGUUGGAUUUGGAGGUAGUACAGCAGCACCAGGAUUCGCAGGAGCCCAAGGUGGAGCAGGAUUCGUUACUACACAAAGUAGCAUUGCAGGUACCCAGGGAUCAGGAUUUGGAACUACACAAGUCAGCAGUGGUUUUGGAGGGGGUGUUUCAGUGACUCCAUCUAUUGUAACUCCCACAGCAAGUCCUUUCGUAUCUACACCCAGUCCUAUAAGUCAUUCUGUGACUCCUCUUGGUGUAACUCCCGCAAGUCCCUUUGUAUCUACCACAAGCUUUUCUGUAACUCCUCCAAGUGUCUCUCCUACAGCAAGUCCUCUAGUAUCUGGAGGAGGUAUUUCAGUGACUCCCCACAGUGUAACUCCCACACCAUUUCCUCUGGGUCCUGGGGGAGAUAUUUCAGUGACACCUAGUAUAACUCCUAUAACUCCUACGGAAAGACCAUUUAUAUCCAGCACACCCUUUUCUGUGACAACUCCAAGUCCUCAAGUAACUGGAGGGGGCUUUUCCGUAACUUCCCCCAGUGUAACUCCUACAGGAAGUCCUUUUGUGUCCAGCACUAGCUUUUCCUUCACUCCUUCCAGUGUAACCCCCACAGCAAGUCCUUUGAUAUCUGGUGGAGAAGUCGGAGGAGUCAGCCAAGUCAGUUUCCACUCGGGAGCAGCAAGUGGUGGGUUCGAUAUCCCAGGAUUCAGUGCUGGCACCACAUCGCAGGGCUCAUUUCCCUUCUCGAACAGAGUGGAUGACGUGACCAUUCAAGCAGGAGGCAUUGGCAGUGGACAAGCAGGAUUUACAGGUGAAGCAGGUGCUGGAUUUGGAGGAGAAUCAAUAGGAUUUGGUGGACAAGCAGCAGGAUUUGGAGGCCAGGCAGGAGCAGGAUUUGGAGGCCAGGCAGGAGCAGGAUUUGGAGGCCAGGCAGGAGCAGGAUUUGGAGGCCAGGCAGGAGCAGGAUUUGGAGAACAAGCAGGAUUUGGAGGACAAGCAAUAGGAUUUGGAGGACAAGAAGUAGGAUUUGGAGGACAAGAAGUAGGAUUUGGAGGACAAGCAGGAUUUGGAGGACAAGCAGGAUUUGGCGGACAAGAAGUAGGAUUUGGAGGACAAGCAGCAUUUGGAGGACAAGAAGUAGGAUUUGGGGGCCAAGCAGGAUUUGGAGGACAAGAAGGAUUUGGAGGUGGAGAAGUAAGUGCUGGAUUUGGAGGACAAGAAAUAGGAUUUGGUGAACAAGGAGGCUUUGCUGGUAAUCAAAUAGGCUUUGGAGGUGAUCAGGGAUUCAUAAGUGGACCCACAGCAAGCCCUUUGGUAUCUGAUCCUUCAUUCGGAGCUGGCCAGGCAGGACCAGGCUUUGACGUUAGUCCUGGACCCGGAUUUGGUGGACAAGAUGUAGGGUUUGGAGGUGGUCCAGGAUUUAUUGGUGGCCAACCAGAUCUUGGUCCUGGAGUGAGCUUUGGCCCUGUAACUCCUGGACCUAUUUUUGAGGGUGGUCAAGCCGGACCAGGAUUUGGAGCAGGAUUCGGUGGUGCUCAAGCUGGGUUUAGGGAUGAUCAGGGGUUUGAAGUGGGUCCAGGAUUCGGAGGUGCUGGCCCAGGAUUUGGUGGAGGCCCAGCGGAAGUAAGCUUCGAUGGUGCUCUAGAAAUAAGUGUUGGAGGAGGCCAGGGAGGUGCAGGAUUCGCAGGUGGUCAAGCAGGGUUUGCGAACAACCAGAUAGGCUUUGGAGGUGGUCAAGGAUUUGCAGGGGGUCCCACAGCAAGUCCCUUAAUUGCUGACCCUUCAUUCGCCGCUAGCGGAGGCCAAGGGGCAGCUGCUGCAUUUAGUCAGUCUGCCGGUGGAUUGGGAGCUCAAUUUGAUGGCCAGUUUGCAGGGCCUGGCGGAGGCUUCGGCUUUGGUUCUGGACCCGUUGCGAAUGCCUUGAUCUCAGCUCCGAUUCUCAGCUCAGAGCAGGUUGCAAGUCAAGGUUUCGUUGGCAACCAAAUAAGCGGCGCAGGCGUUGCUGCCAGAAGUAACUUAGCCGGCCCUACGGUGGAGUUCCAAAUCGGCCAACCCCUUGCAGCAGCAACCGUAAGAGGAGCACCCGCGACCUCGCAAGCCGGAAUUCUCACGAGCUUAGUCAAUGCAAACAGACCAGCGCUUCAUCUGGUCCCUGCCCAGUCCAUUAUUCCGAUAGGUCCGCUAGCACAAGCUUAAUUGUCUGUUUCGUUAUGAAUUCGCAUGACUUGUCAAUAUGCCAGUGACAGCGCGAGUGUUCAUAAAUUUUACAACUUCUAUAAAUGCUUCGAGAAAGUUGGGAUUCUAAUUAACUAACUUGUGCCCCCGACCCAUUUUCCCAGGAGUACGCCAAGUUAUCAACAAAUGGAACAGUGGAACUUCAUCACUUGAAGUACUGAACUGUAACAUGGUGUUACACAUUUACUGUAUGUAUUUAGUUAGAUUGUUGUUACCUCGUUAUUUUGUACAUAUGUGAGAGUUACUAUAUUUUGUUUACAUUUUUCUAGUUUUAUAAUUAAGAUUUUACAAAGGUUGCUUUUUAAAUAAAAGAAAGUAUUUUU